AUGGAGGUAGCCAAGCAGCUAACCUACGGGCUGAACCUCACGCGGUGCCUGAGGAAUGAGGACUUGAUGAGUCUGAAGAGGGAGAACCUCAAGCCGCUGAAAAAUAUUAUAAACAUAGCACGGGUGAAGGGUGAGAGGAGGCAGACGGAAGAGGGGCAGCCGGGUGAGAAGCGGCAACCGGGUGAGAGGACAGCCGAGUCGGUGAGCUUCCCCCAUUUUUGUGAGGACCCCAAUUUGGUGGGGAGCUACAUGAAGAGCAACAAAAUAAACGUCGAGUUUGUGAAUUCUAGCGGGAGCGUGGUGCCCAUUCGUUUCUUCGAGGACCUUUCGAGGGAGCCACGUGGAGAGGGGGUCAGGGGGAGGGGCGUACCUGCCGCAUCGUUAGGGGAGGGGACCACCCUUCCGAGGAGUGACUACCAAAAGAUUAUUAACACCAUCAAGGGCACCUUUGGAUUUACAAGCCCCACGAACAUUCAGAAGAUAUGCAUCCCCACGAUUUUGAGGGGGUGGAACACCAUCUGCAUUUCGCAGACGGGAAGCGGGAAGACCUGCGCCUUUUUGGUUCCCCUGUUGGUGAGGCUGAUUUGUGCAGCGGGGGGGGAGCGGCAUGAGGGGGAGAAGCAGCAGGAGGGGGAGAAGCCGCAGGAGGGGGAGCGGCAGGAGGGGGAGCGGCAGAAGGAGGGGGAGAAGCCGAAGAAGGAAUCCGUGGCUACCCCUUCCCCGGAGGAGAAAAAAAGGCGCACCCCCGUCCGAAGCCUAAUCGUUGUGCCGACGAACGAACUGGCGAGCCAAAUUCACGAGCACGCAUCGGUCCUGUUUGAAUCGUUUCCUCAGUUUGCGGUUCUACAUCUGACGAGGGAAGACCAAGUGGGAAAGGAAGAACCCAUAGAUGUGUGCAUCUGCACACCGUUAGUAUUGAUUCACCUAAUUGAAAUAAAAAAAGUGACCCUACGCAGAUGCAUGCUCGUCGUGUUUGAUGAGGUAGACAAAUUAUUUGAGGUAAAUUUUUUAAAACAUAUCAAGAGGCUUCUACUAGCUAUUCAGAGGAUGAAGAUGCAGAAGGUAUUCACCACGGCGACGCUUCCAGGUAGCACCCGCUCCUUCAUCAGUACCCUGUGCCCCACAUAUGCACUGGUAUACUUUGGAAGAAGCAUCAAUUGUGUUAAUAAGAAUGUGAAGCAGGAGCUGAUUUAUCUGAACAGUGAAGAGGAAAAAUCCCUAGUUUUGCGAAACUUGGUUGUGGGUGGAGGGCUACAUAUCCCCGUGCUGGUAUUCGUGAACGGCGUGGAGAAGGCCAAGAAGGUGCACAGCACUUUGCGUGACUCUGUGGGUGGUGGGGAGAAGGCAGCGCACGUCGCUCUGCUUACCUCCGAAAGAAGUAAAGAGGAAAGGAGGCAGGUCUUUAAGAACCUGCAGGAGGGACACGUGUGGUACCUUGUAUGCACGGACGUCUUGAGCAGAGGCAUCGACGUCCAUGGCAUCGAGACGGUAAUAAACUACGACGUUUGUUAUGAUAAGUACAGCUACAUCCACAGGGUGGGUCGGGCGUGCCGCUCGGAUGCGGAGGGCGGAAAGGCCAUCACCUUUUUUAUGCAACAGGACGUUCGGCACAUGAGGGACAUCGUCCGGUUCGUCAAGAGCAGCGGCACGGAGGUGCCGGCCUACCUGGAGGACUUCCCCUUUGGGGCGGCCAGGGGGAGGCCCAGCGGUGUUAAGGGGAAGCGAAGCGGUGUUAAGGGGAGGCAAAGCAGUUCAAAGGGGAAGCGAAGCGGUGUUAAGGGGAAGAAGGCCCAUCUUAAAAGGCCUCAAACCGGUGUGAAGGCCAAAAAAUUGCCCUUUAAGGCGCCCAAGUCGAGCACGAAGAAGGCGUAG